AUUCGAAGACGACCACCGACGAUACUUUUGGGAAGUAUACCAAAGCUGUCGCGAGGGUGCGUAAACGGAGACAGCAGAUGCCUGAUCUGUCUGAACUGAACCAUGACACGUUCUAUACCAAAAUAAGUCAUUAUGCUUCCUAUAAUUAGAAUGCAUCUGAAGCAUUUGGAGCUGAGUUGGCAGUGCAGUGAGCCUUCAGUUUUAGAACAUGACCGAAGUUUCAGUUGGAGGGUAUAAAAGCUAUGAGCUCUGACUGCUGAGACAGACUCAAACUACCACAUCAGAAGUUACAAAGACUGAGAUCUUAUAGCAAAAGGCGACAAGACUCCAGAAAUACUCAUUGAAGAUGCAGCGCUCUCGUGUGUUCCAGCCUUCCUUAUGCACACCAGUGGCUUUCCAUUGGCCAGUGCCAGUGCGCACACUGUGGCCAGAGACCCGCUCCAUCUUUAUUCAGAUGGAGAAUGACAUCCUGAGACAAAUGGAGGAAAUGCAGAAAAGUGUGGACUUCAUGGAUCAAGUUCAUCAGCUGAUCUUUAAUAAGAUUGAGGCUAUUGAUCAGGGCUCUAAGCUUUUUGAUGCCAAGGCAAUCCCCUAUAAGACAGAGAAGGAAGGAAACCGCUUUGCUCUGACGCUGGAUACCAAAGACUUUUCACCCAAAGAGCUGACCGUGAAACAGGUGGGACGGAAACUGCGAGUGACCGGAAAGCAUGAAAAGAAAGAAGAAGAUGGAAAAGGUGGCUACACCUUCAAACACCAGGAGUUCAGACAGGAAUUGGAGCUGCCACAAGAUGUGAACCCUGAUGAGGUGACCUGCUCCUUGUCCAACGGGCAGCUACAGAUUGAAGCACCAUGUCUGGCCCUGCCUGCUGUGACAGAGAGAACUGUUUCCAUCAACAGCAGCCCUGCUGUGAAGACCCAGCCAGAGAGGAGCACAGAGGAACAGGAAAUAACCAGCAGCGCAGAGAAAGAACACCACAUGGAAAAACAAGGCAUUUCAACAGACUGAUGAUGACUAAUGUCACAGGUGAUGCCCCAAACGUGACCACCAAUGGUCGGGUAUCACUGCUGACGUCCUCUAACUGGUCCACCGGGUCCCCAGGCUCUGUCAUCCUCCAAACCCCCAGGGUGGGUGUUUUAAUAUAUGAAUCUGUGUAACCAGUGGCUGAAGGUGAGAAAUGUUUCUGUCUGAUUAAUACAUUCAAAUUAUGUUUUCUCUCAAAGUAAAUGUUUAUAUAAUUUGAAGUUUACUUCAUUUAUAUUGCUUACUUUAUGUGCUGAAUUCCCACACUACAAACACACACACAAUAACAGAUUUUUUUUAGUUUUGAUUAAUUUACAAUUGCAGUUUCAACAUGAUCCUGCUUUAUAUAUGUCGUGUGAACAGGGAUUUAAUAUACUUGUACCUGUGUUCAAGAAAGUCAUUCCAGUAAUGGGGGGCCACAUAGUGAAAUGCUUACGUAUCCUUGCCAUGUCUCACCGUAAGUCUGAGGUUAUAGAUACAUCAUGUGAAGAAGCCAGACAGGUAUUUUUUAUACACAGUAUUACUUUUCAUUUCAUUUUGAACACCAAAAUAGUUAUCAAUUCACAGUUAACGUGUAUGGUCAAUAAAACCCUCUUAAAUGCCACUUCAGCUUUGCUUACUGUAUUUAAUUAAAAUCCAAAGUCUAAAAAAUGUGGUUGCUAUAACAAUGUAUAUAAGUAGCUUAACAAUAACAAAAUCUACCAUACAGCAAAGAAGAUUAACAGAAACUAUUUGCAGCUUACCUUGCAUGUGAAGGUUUGGAGAGGGAGUUUCAUUCUGAGUGGGUAGUUGCAUUUUUUAAUGGAAUCUCAUUUUUGAAAGCUCAUAACCAGAAUUAACAACGAUCUGUUAAAAAUGUUGAUUUAUUCAGAUUUAAAAUUCUGAAUGCCAAUUCAAAGUCAAUAAAGAUUUUCAAUAAUCCUGCCUUCUUAAUGUUGUAUUAUAACAAUAUCCGGUCUGUACAUUAUCUCAGUGGUGCAAAUCAUUUUGAAAAUUGGUGCUAAACUAUUUUGAAAGUUUAGCACCAGAGAGCAGAAGAGCCUACUUGUGCUAAAUACUUGCAGUCCCGGUCCUGUUCAAGCCCCCCACACAACACAAAUGUGGAUGAGUGUGAGUCGGUCAUGUGGGUCAUUCAGACCCAACAAGAAACUGUUAUUAUCUUGCUAAAGAAUAAAAAAAUAAAAAAAUUAAACAUGUCUAUUAGCGCCAGAAUUUAAUGUUGCUGGUACUAUAUGAGGUACCCUUGACCUAGAAU